AUGGGCCACAUGGAAGAGAUUAAAGAUGAUAUUACAACUAGACCCACGUUCUAUUUACCACAUCAUGCUGUCAUCAAAUCAUCUAGUUUAACAACGAAAGUCAGAGUCGUGUUUGAUGCGUCCGCAAGAGGAUCGAAUGGUAUUGCAUUGAAUGAUGUGCUAAUGCGUGGUCCAAGUAUUCAAGAAGAUUUAAUUUCUAUUCUGAGUCGGUUUCGUAAGCAUCAAUUCGUUAUUACCGCUGACAUUGAGAAGAUGUUUAGGCAGGUAUUAGUGGCCAAGGAAGAUCGAGAUCUUCAACGGAUAGUUUGGCGAGAGCAUCCUAGCGACGUAUUGCGAAAAUACAGAUUGAAUACAGUGAAUUAUGGUACGACUCCGGCCUCCUUUAUGACAACGAAGUGUUUGGAUGAAUUAGCUAGUCAAAAUGAAGUACUUUUUCCAAACGCAGCAAAAACAAUAAGGCGAGAUUUUUAUAUGGAUGAUAUUAUGACUGGGGGUGAUUCUGAAGAAGAAUGUUUAAAGUUGCAACAAGAUGUUUCAAGCAUUCUCAGCUCAGCCAAGCUUCCAUUACGAAAAUGGUGCUCGAAUUCGGUCACAAUAUUAAAAAAAAUUGAAGGUUCCAAUGACGAUCCCUUAUUUGUGUUGAAGUUAGGAGACCAGGAUACAAUUAAAUCGUUAGGUCUGUGCUGGAAUCCUACAACAGAUGUGUUCAAAUUUAAUUUGGAAAAUAACAAGUUAGAAGCUAUGAUAACCAAACGAGCCCUUUUAUCAUCUCUGAACAGCAUCUUUGACCCGCUUGGAUUUUUAGCUCCAGUUCUCGUGAAAGGUAAGGUGUUCCUUCAACAACUGUGGCAGAUGAAAAUUAAUUGGGACUCUCCUCUGCCAGCUGAUAUAAAGUCAAGAUGGCACCAGUUCUGGACAGAUCUUGUAGAACUUCAAACACUAGAGAUUCCAAGAAAGGCGAAGGAAGCACCAUCCCAAGAAUUUGAGAUUCACGGAUUUUCUGACGCAUCUCAAGAUGCGUAUGGCGCUUGCAUUUACGUUAGAAGUAAAGAUCACCUUGGUAGAUGGCAUGUAAAAUUGAUAUGCGCAAAAACACGUGUAGCACCACUCACCGGUGCUACAAUUCCACGCCUAGAACUUGGUGGUGCAUUAGUCUUAGCCCAAUUAGGCCUAAGGAUUGCAAAAUCCUGGGAAAUUGAUAUCUCUCAAUUUUGGCUAUGGACUGAUUCAACAAUAGUUCUCGGAUGGAUAAACAGUCAACCUAACCGUCUCAAGACAUACGUAUCAAAUAGGAUAUGUCAAAUUUUGGAGAUAACAAAUAGUCAUCAAUGGCACUAUAUCAGUUCCAACGAGAAUCCAGCUGAUAUUUUAUCCAGAGGAAUAAGACCUCAAGACUUAAAGGAAACAUUGUUAUGGUGGCAAGGGCCAUUGUGGUUGAAACAAGAUGACAAGAGUAGGAAGGAAGACCCAAAUCUGUGGCCAAAACCAGUAGAUCUCCCAGAAUUAAAGCUUAUAAGGUUAGCUUUAAUAACGAGGGAACCAACAAGGGAUCUAGUUAACUUUUACUCUGAAUGGUAUAAACUACGCAGAGCAGUGGCCUGGAUGCAUAAAUUUUUAGACUAUCUUAGAUUAAAACAUGCAGAACCGGCAAAACGUUACCUUACCGCUGAAGAGUUAGAAAGAGCUGACAACACUCUGUUAAAAAGAGCGCAGAUAGACUCGUUUAAUAGUGAUAUUUCAGCACUAAUAUCCGGAAAGGAGAUAUCCUGUCGAAGCAAGCUAAAAUCAUUACAACCCAAAUUAAAAAAUGGGCUUAUGGUAGUUGGUGGACGCUUAAGAAACGCCGACAUACCACAAUAUCAAAGGGAGCCAAUUAUUCUCGCAAGUGACCACAAAAUCACGAAGAUGAUUUUCGUCCAUGUUCAUGUCGAAUUAUUACACUGUGGCCCUCAAUCGUUACUUGCAGAGGUCAGGCGUCGUUAUUGGCCUAUUAAGGGUAGAGUAAUAGCUCGUUCAACCUUUCGUCGGUGCAUUCAAUGUAUCAAGGCUAAACCCACAUUCAAUCAUCCAAGCAUGGGACACUUGCCGAAGCAACGUGUCCAGUGUACACGCCCAUUCGCCAAUACAGGUGUGGAUUUUGCAGGCCCUGUCUCUAUUCGCAGUGGCAUAAGAGGAAGACCUAGCAAAAAGGCAUGGAUUGCCAUUUUUGUAUGCUUCUCAGUCAAGGCUAUUCACAUAGAAGCAGUAGAAGAUAUGACAAGCGCUGCCUUUUUAGCUGCUCUACGCAGAUUUAUAUCAAGGCGCGGGAAGCCAUCGGCCAUGUGGAGCGACAAUGGUACAAAUUUUGUUGGAGCAGAAGGAAAGUUAUCCGAAUACGUACAAAAUGUGGCAAAUACGUUAGAAAAUGAAGGUGUAACAUGGCACUUCAACCCACCAUCGGCACCCCACUUUGGUGGGCUCUGGGAAAGUGGCGUAAAAAGUGCAAAACAUCAUCUACUACGCGUACUAAAGGAAGGUAGCCUGACGUACAGUGAACUGGAAACUUUAUUAUGCCAGGUAGAGGCCUGCCUCAAUUCCAGACCACUCACUCCCAUGAGCAGUGAUCCGUUUGACAUGGACCCUCUAACUCCAGCGCAUUUUCUCAUUGGAGGUCCUAUGUUUUUCCAUCCAGAACCCGAUGUAUCGAAUGAAGGCCCGAGCAGACUGUCAAAAUGGAACUUGGUACAAGGCUUGAUGCAAACAUUUUGGAACAGGUGGCUUAUUGAAUACCUGCCACAGUUACAAGUGCGUGGCAAGUGGACUGCAGGCUGCAAGCCACUGGUGGUAAAUGAUUUAGUAAUUGUAAAGGAGGACAACAUGCCACCAGCAAGAUGGAAACUGGCACGCAUUACAAAUGUGCAUCCAGGGAGCGACGGAAAGACUCGAGUAGUAACCAUCCGCCUAGCAAACGGAAAUGAAAUAAAACGUCCCGUUGUAAAGCUCUGUCGGUUACCAGUUGAAGAUGAAGCAGAAGCCUCUUGA